AUGAUCGUCUUGGUGGAUGAAUUUUUGGAAGGUGGCACUCUGAGCGUUGAUGAUCUCACAUCCACGACUCUUCAGGAUGUUGGACGGCUCUAUGCCAGGCUCCACCGGAGCGAUGUUGGGUGGUUCAAUCCUAUCCGGCAGCAGCUGAUGGAGUCACAGUUGCUGACGGCAGCUGAGUGCGACUGGGCUGGCUGCUUGUGGCUGCUCCCACGGUUGCAGCGCCUGGUGCCGGAGAAGAAUGCUGAGCAGCUUGCAGCCGAAGGCAUCGACUGGCAUUUCGUGGCGGAGGAGAUUCGUGCUCUACCGUCGAAUGAUGCACUUCCUCGCAAGGGCGUGACCACUUCAACAGUGUGCGUCCAUGGCGAUGCUCAUUUGGGCAACAUCAUGUGGCACAGGGGCCAGCUGAGAUUGAUUGACUUUGACAUGACAGCAGUGGGUCCCGCGGGUGCUGAUUUGGCAUACCUGGUCCUGAUGCUGUUUCGUUGCGGCUUCAGCCCUGAUGCAGUGGCAAGUGUGGAGGCGCAACGGUGCUUUGCUGAAGGAUAUUUGUUGGGUAUGGCUUUGGAUGCUUCAGAACAAGCACUGGAGGACUUCCUGUUUGAUAUGCACCGAUGGGCCUACAUUGGUCUGCUGCAGAUGGGUCUGCUUUGUGCAGUGCUUAUGAACAACAAAGGGGACCCGCGCAAGCGCCAAUUAAUGCAUGAGCGGGGCCCGGUGUUGCUGCAUCCCAAGUUCCUGUCAAAGGCAAAGGAAGUCCUGCGCCUGGCUGUGACGGAAAAGAUGGUGCGGGAGCGUCUCAUCAAGGUGCAGCAUGGCAUGGCGGGAUUCCGGAACAGCGACAAAAAGCUUGGAGAACGUGCUGGGCAACCUGGUGGCUGGCUGGACCCACAGGCGGUGAAUCUCACAGGCCCACCGCCUCCUGAAGUUCUCAGAUGUUUGGCACCACCCAGUGAGGAUGACAUUAGCCAAGAGGAUGGAAAAACAGCGUCCUCCGAAAGGCAGAAGGAGCCCAUCUCCCCGUUGAGUCCGAAAGUGGUGGAGGAGCUCGCCAGCCUGCGCUGGGAGUUGCAAGAGAGGCAAAGGACAGUGUCGUCGCUGGAAGAACUGGUGGACUUGUUGCAGACGCGCUGCCGUGAGUUGGAAGAUGAGAGCCGCGAGCUUGUGGAUUUGGCAGCAUCAAAGCACGAGCAAGAGCAGUUGGAGGCGGGCGUCCCUCAUGAACGAAGAGACGAAGAUGGCCGGGGGAUGAAACCUGCAGAUGAUGAGAGGGAGAGGGAGCCAGCUGGAAAGGAGCCUGAGGCUGGGGGGCAACUGGUCGGCUUUGCUGAGGCUAAGCUUGUGCAGAACGAUGCCUUGGGAAAAGUGGGAGGUGAGCGUGAUGGUCUCACCUCGGAGGAAGCCAAGAAACGCAUGGAGGAAUAUGGCCCCAAUGAGAUUCCGGUGAUAGAGACGCCGAUUUGGAAGAUGAUCCUGUCUCAGUUCGUGGGGACCAUGCCGGUGAUGUUGGAAGUGAGCUGUAUCAUCUCAGCAGCCGCUGGGGACUGGCCCGACUUCUUCGUGAUUUUGGCAAUGGUCCUGGUGAACGCCGCCCUGGGCUUCCGUGAAGAGAUGAAGGCCAAGAACGCCCUGGCGGAGUUGACCAAUCAGAUGGAGUCAAGUAUCCCAUGUUUGCGGGAUGGGAAGACCGAGUCCAUGCCCGUCUCCAAGUUGGUCCCCGGGGACGUGAUCCACCUGCGUGGUGGGGCCUUGACCCCCGCAGAUGUGGAGUGGCUGGAGGGAGAUAUCCUGAGCAUCGACACCGCUGCGUUGACCGGGGAGCCGCUGCCGCGCAAGUAUCCCAGUGAGGAGUACGGCAAGCUCAUCUUGUCCGGCACCACCGUGAAGUCUGGGGAAGCUUACUGUGUGGUCCGUCUCACAGGUACCAACACCGAGAUUGGUCAGGGCCAGGCAGAUAUCAUGGCCGACCGUGCCACUGCCAGCGUGUCCGUAUUCGAGCAGAAAGUCAUGGUUGUGGUCAACAUCAUCAUCUCCAUUGCUGUCCUGGAUGCCAUUUGCAUCGUCCUGGUACAGGGCUUGGUGCGUAACGGCUUCGAUGUGGACUUCAAGGGCACCUUGCUGACGGCCCUCUCCAUUCUCAUCGCUGCCGUGCCCAUCGCCUUGCCCUUGGUCUUGCAGGUGACCAUGGCCAUCGGAGCGUAUCGCAUGGCCACGGAUCACCAUGCCAUCGUCACCCGCAUGUCGGCCUUGCAAGAUAUCGCCUCCAUGGAUGUCUUGUGCUCCGAUAAGACCGGAACGUUGACCACCGCCAAGAUGAGCAUCAAUUUGGAAAAGAUUUGGACUGCCAAGAAGGAUGGAUUCAGCAUCCUGGAUCCUUACUAUUACAGGUCACCUAACCAGGAACUGGCCGCGCAACAGAUGUUGUUGGUCAUGGGCAUCAUGUGUUCCAACCCCGACAAGAAGGAUGAUGCUAUCGAUGGCGCAUUGCUUCGCGCGUGGGACAAGAUGAAGCAGGAACAGGGUGAUGCACCUGCCAAGAUGCGCGAAGGCUACCAGCAAUUGGACCUGACAGGUUUCAACCCAGAAGUGAAGCGCACGGUGGCGACGGUGAAGCGCCUCUACGACGACCAGAAACUCAUCGUCGCCAAGGGCUUAGCCUCCAAGAUCCUCGACACGUCCUCAGGCGGUCAGGACUCGGGCAAGCUGCAGUGGACCUGCGAAGAGUGCAAGGAGGAAGGCUUUUUGGAAAUGGUGCAGAAGACUGACCAGGAGCUGUCCUCCAAGGGCUACAAGACCAUUGCCGUGGCUGCGGGCAUUGAAGGCAAGGGCAUGCAUUUCUUGGGCCUGCUGCCCAUGAUCGACCCUCCUCGUUAUGAUACGGCCAUCACGGUUCAGCGCUUGAUGAAUUCCGGCGUAGAGGUGAAGAUGAUCACGGGAGACCACCUGAACAUUGCCAUUGAAACUGCCAGGAUGGUGGGCAUGGCCACCAACAUUUUGCCCGGUGAGGCCACCCGUGAGGGUGGCCACACAGGGGAUGAGACGAUUCGUGAGGCCGGUGGCUUUGCCCAGGUGCUGCCCCGUGACAAGCGCGAGUGUGUUCUCGCCUUGCAGCGCUCCUAUGAAUUGGUCGUGGGGAUGACCGGUGAUGGCGUCAACGAUGCCCCAGCCCUGUCCGCGGCGCAGUGCGGUAUUGCUGUGGAGGACGCCACGGAUGCCGCCAAGAAUGCGGCGGCAAUGAUCCUCACAACUGAGGGCCUGUCCGCGGUGUUUGGUGCAGUAGUUGAGUCCCGAAAGAUCUUUGCCCGACUCUUCUCCUACGUGUCCUACCGUCUUGCUGCUACGAUCCAGAUCUUGUUGUACUUGAGUAUUCUGGUCUACGUGUUCGACUGCACCUUGGACCCCUUGUAUGUCAUCCUGCUGGCCCUCUUCAACGAUGUGACUAUGAUCCCUGUGGCAGAGGACAACCAGACAGCCGCCGCGGAACCUCAGCAUGCCGUGGUGGGACAUCUGAUUGGCUUCUCGAUGACGCUGGGUAUCUUCCAAUCUGUGGCCUCCAUCAUCUUUUACCUCUGCAUGGACAUGGGUCUGAUCCAUGGCAUUGAGAGCCACCGCGAAACCGGACAUUACCCCACCAGCGUCCAUGCACAGAACGCCAUCUGGCUCCAGGUGUCGAUUGCUGCGGAGUUCCUCAUUUUCUCGGCUCGCUCGCCUGGGCUGUUCUUCUUCAGCAGGCCUUCCACUGAGCUCCUCUUCUCUACCAUGGCGGGCAAUGUGGUCUCGACCUUGCUGGCCGUGUACGCCUUCCCCGAGCCUCUCAGCGUGGGCGAGUGCGUCACUGUGUGGGUCUACGACAUCGCUGCGCUCUUGGCUGUGGACCUGGCCAAGAUGGUCUACAAGUUCAUCCAUGAGGCUGAUGCUGCGGGAGUCAUCGAUGAGUACCAGAUGGCCUUGGAAGAUGCCCAGUUGAAGCAUGGGGACGAGACCCAGCCCAUUGAGAAUCCGGAGGCCCACCUGAAAGCCUACCGCGAGAGUGUGAAGAUCAUGAAGCAGAACAGCGUGAGGUUGUCCCAGAAGCAGAGGGCUUCCAUGAAGUUCUUGGCCACGGGACAACAGCGCGCCAGCCGUGUGAUCUCCCAGUCCUCCAACAUGGCCGGCAAGGGUCACACUCAGAUGCGCAGUUCUGUGAAGAUGGGCGACGAUCUGCGGAAGCGAACUCCAGCCACCUCCGUUCGCUUCAAGUGUCGGAGCAGUAUUCGCUCCAACCUCUCCUCAGAGCGUGAUUUGGAGAUGGAACGGUUGAAGCUGAGGUGCGAAGAGUUGGAGGAGGAACGGAUGGGGCUGGAGAUGCAACUCGAGGAGAGCAAAGCCCAAGGCUCCUCUUUGGCUGCAACCUUGAAGCAGAGUGGGAUCAAUGUGGCUGGUGCGAAAGGAAACGACAGCGAGAGUGAAGAUGCAGAAAAGGAUUGGUCGCGGGAAGACUUGGAAGCCAGGUGCUUGAGGCUUGAAGCCGAAAAAGAGAAACUGCAAAAGCACGUGGAGAGGCUCUGGCAGAUGUGCGAGGCAUUGGAUGCGAGCGCCAAGCCGGAAGAACAACAGCUGCAGGGCCGACAGGGAAGCUUGGAGGAGCUGAAUUUCGAGGCGGUCGUGGAGCGUGCUGUUUCCAUGAAGGCAACUGAGAGGUGGCUGUCUCUUCCGGUGCUGGCGACCGCCGUGCACGGAGGAGCCAAAGGCAACCAGAAGAAGAACACCGAGGAGGCAGGGAAGAGCGCACUCCACGUGAGGCCUAGGACAAGGUCCCACGACCGUGUCGAUCCCAAGGAGGAAGAAGCUUCAGUAGGUCACCCCCAGCCGAAGGAGACCAAGGGAGUGGACUCAAGAGAGGAGUACACCACGGACGAUCAGGCAGGAUGGUCGGCUGUGGUGCCAAGAGCUGGAACGGUGCUGGAAGUGAAUCUCCUGCGCACCUCCCGGCCAGUGUUGACCGAGGUUUGGGCGGCUUUCUUUGUAAAGGAGGUCAGAAACGAAGCAGACGGUUCCCAUGUGUUAGAGUGUCACUACAUUGGAUGCGAGGACGAGGUCGAGGGGAGCGCAUUAGCAGUGGCUGGCCAAGCCGGGCCGCUCAAUGUGCAUCUAUGCCUCUCUACUCCUUGCAUGGUGAUUGGCGAUAUGGAGGCACUUCAUACGACAUCUGCCCGGUUUUGGGAGGUUGCAGACUUCAAAGCAGAUUACGGGCCCAGAGACCUUUCAAAGAGGUUGGCACGCUGGCAGAAGGAGCUGUCUUCUGGAGACGCGCUCCCCAAACGCCGUGCGAGAGCCCCUGCAAAACCUCCUGGAGAUGGGGUUGCUGGCGGCCGCAAGAAGGCCAAGGAGGAUGCCCCUGCCCGUGGCGCAAAGAAGAAGCCUGCUGCCGCCGUACCAGAAGGUGUGAAAGAAAGGCUGGAGAAGAAGCUGAGGGGGCUACGUGGCCUGCGAGAAGAGGGUCAUGGUCGAGAGAAGAGCCAGGCGGUAGAAUCCGUCUCGGACGAGAGUGGGGCCGUUGGGUCGGAAGAAGACUCUUCAGGCUAUGCACCCACCGAACCGCUGGGGACGGGAUCCUUGUUGGAAGGGGUUGCGAAGCCAGCCCGGAGAGAGAAGGACCGAUCCGGAAACCAGCGGGAAGUAGUCCCUUACGAGGGCACAAAAGGCAUCACUAUGAAAGGCUUGAGCGGUCAAUUAGCCCGGAAGGCCCUCGCUGUCGACGACGUGCGAGCCAAGGCCAAGAAGAAGAAGAGGAAGAAGAGCACCAGCUCCAGAGCCCUGAGUCUGCUGAGGGAUUUGAUCCUCAACAAGACGGGAACAGAAAGGAAGCGUGCAAAAGAAAAAGACCGGUCAGGAAAGAAGAAAAAGAAAAGAAGAAAGCUGGUCGAUGGAGUGAUAGUGAGUUCAUCGAGCAGCUCCGGAGCCGACUCAGACUCAAGAGAAAAGGAGGAGCAGGUGGACAGCUCGGAAGAGGAUAUGGAGGCGCCAAUGAGGCGAAAGUCACGAGACAAUCCUGGAAGCGUGCUGUCGAUGCUGACGGAGCACGUGCGGUCCCAAAUGGACCAGGAUUCUGUGACAGAAGUGAGCAAGAACCCGAAGCUCACCGGAGGAGUGAAGGUAACUUCCUUCUUCAACCUCCACAUCCGCCCAAGCUAUGGGAGUCACCUGAAGGAGUUGCGCGAGAUGUACACGCUGGCCAUGACGAUAGAUCUCCUGAGAAAAGGAGAGCUGGGGCGAGUGGGAGACAGUCUCUCAGCUCGGUUCAUGGCCUUGCACCAGUCGCUGAUAGACCAAUCGUGGGCGACGGCAAGGCACAUGGAAUUAUUUCCUCUGGAGGAGUCGACGGCCGCAUCCUCUGCCUUGGUUCUGGCGUCGAGGAAGCACCAGCGGUUAGUCGACAAGGUCCAGGGAAAAUCGGGUUGGACUCCCUGGCAGCCGAAGGGCAAGGGGAAUCCUCGCCCAGACUGGAGUCAAUGGGGCGAGAGCAACCCCAAAGGGAAGAAAGGAGAAAGCAGAAGGGGCGAAGUGAGCACCUCAGUAGGGGCGCCUCUGGCUUGUGCCGUGAGGGAUGAUGCCCUGAAAAUGGCCGGGCCGGUGACUUGGGCUGACAUUUUGGUGUUGUGCUCGUCAAUCGGCCAGGCCGCUGCUUUGGAAGAAGUCCGUGCGGCGGCCUUUGUGCUGCGCUGGAGUGAGAGAUCAUGGCAGUACCGUGGACAGCCGGUGCUCAAUGGUCUCUUUGGAGUAGAGAAACCGACUCACCUGCCUUCAGGGGAACCGGUGCUGAGAUUAAUCAUGAACUUGGUUCCUUCUAACUCUGUCCUCAAGACCUUCGAAGGGUCGGUUAGUUCUCUACCUCAAAUUACGUCCUGGAUGAGUACGGUAAUUGAAGAUGGUUCUGAACUACGGGUUUGGCAAUCUGAUAUGACUAAUGCUUUCUACCUCUUUAAGAUCCCCUGCAGUUGGUCUCCACUACUUAGUUUCAAUAUCAUGGCCUCUGGACAGGAACUGGGCUAUAACGAUGAAGAGGUCUACACGCUGGCAUACUCAGUGUUGCCCAUGGGAUGGUCAUCAUCGGUUGCAAUCAUGCAGGAAGCCAGCGAGGUCAUUUUGAAGAUGGGGAGCUUGCCACGAGAGGAACAGCUGUCCAGGGGACGUGCUCUUCCACCUUGGAUGACGGGGAUCAUGAGGCAAGCGGAAAGGCAAGAGAAAGCAUGGUGGCACGUAUAUUUGGACAAUUUCGCUGCAGGAGAAGUGGACUCCUGUGACGGGCCUUUCGAUGGUGGUCGCCGGUUGCAUAGCCUGGCGGAAAAGGCCUGGGAAGAAGCUGGUGUCGUGUCAUCAAGCAAGAAAAGGAAGUCAGCGGAAGAGCUAGCUCAGGAGCUUGGUGCCUUCAUUGACGGUAAGAACAAGACCAUUGGAGGGUCACCGGAACGUUUGUUGAAACUGGUCCAGGCCACCGUCAUAGUGCUGAAACAACCUCACUUGUCCAAGAAGCUGACCCAGGUUUUAGCAGGGCGCUGGGUACAUGUUUUUUUAGUUCAGGUGAUCACGGCCAGUGACGCAUCGUCUUCGGGAGGAGCAGUAGGCUUGGCUCCGGAGUUGACCCCGGAAGGGAUGGACUUUGUAGGAGCUUCGAUGCAGGAGCGGCACACCAUCAGUGCCAACAUUCUUGUGGUGUCUCUUUUCAACGGGAUAGGUGGGGCCAUGCGGUGCUACGACAUUUUAGGUGUCUUGCCGAAAGCGGUGAUUUGCUUUGACACUCAUGGCCCAGCAAACGGGGUUACUGCGAAGCGCUGGCCUAGCGCCGAGCUGCUCGGAGACGUGCGGCAGAUCACGGAGGAGAUGGUGGAUGGCUGGUUUCGGAAAACGGUUCCCCUGGAUGAAGUUCAUCUUUGGGCAGGUUUCCCAUGCACCGACCUGUCAUCAGCAAAGGCAGGAAGGCAGGGUUUAGCUGGUGAAGCUUCAGGCCUGUUUUGGGAAGUGGUGCGAGUUCGGAAGCUGUUGCAUCGACGAGCUCCCGUUCAUGUUACGGUUAAGUGCGUGGCUGAAAAUGUAGCCAGUAUGGACAAGGGAGAAUGCGAAACGAUCACCAAGCACAUGGAGGUCUUCCCAUACUGGCUGAACAGCAGCGAUGCAACACCGUUGAACAGGCCCAGGUUAUGCUGGUGUUCAGAGGAGUUAGAGGGCUGCUUAGAGGGGCUCGAGUUUGCGGAGCAGAGCCAUUGGACGGAAGUCCGGGCCGUAGCAGCCUACCCGGACGAGCGGCAGUGGCUCUCUGAAGGCGCCGAGUAG